AUGGCUCCAACUGUGAUUCUGCUGGUCCUCGGCCAUCUUGCUUUAUACACAACUGUAACAUCCAAGAAAGUAUGUGGCAGACCUUCUGUUGCUGACGGGAUCGACAUCUUGACCCUGAAACGGGUGUAUGAGGUUGGAGAGGAGGUGACCCUCACAUGUGAGCGGGGGUACUUGCCUUCAACGGCGACCCCUCACCGGAUGACCUGCACCUCCACAGGAGCUUGGACACAGUCGGACCUGGCGUGUUCCCCUAAGAUGUGUCCAAUCCCUAGACCUCUGCAGCCGUUAGCAAUGGGGAGGACAGAAGCUCCGUUCAAGAGUGUGCUCAACUACACAUGUGAUGACGGGUACAUCAUGCAGGGAGCCAAUGAGAGCAGGUGUUUGCACGAUGGUACCUGGAGCAAUCCACCACCUCUCUGCAAAGCUGUGUAUUGUCCGCUGCCCAAGGCACUUAGAGAUGGAAGAAUUGUCCAUGAUAAGCCAGUUACUGGAUCCAACACCAUGUAUGGGCAAGGCUGGACAUACGAGUGUAACACACCAAAGGCACCAAGUUAUGAGAGGGGAUCCUGCAUGGCUGAUGGCACUGCAACUGAGCCACCGGUGUGCCGAGAGGUGAGCUGCUCCAUCCCAACAGGUAUACCAAAUGGCUUCAUUACCUUCGCUGUGAAGAGACAACAUGGCUACAAGGAGAAGGUGCGGUACGGCUGCAAUGAGCACUAUGUUCUGGAUGGUGAGGCUGAGAUACAGUGCCAAAACACAGGAAACUGGUCUUCCAAGCCAGUUUGCAGAGCUCCCUGCACGGUUGGCAUCAAAAGAGGCCGCAUCUUCUACAAUGCCAAGAAGCUCUGGAUCGCAGACCUGAAACCAAACAGAGUCCUCCACGGUGAACAUGUUGUCUUCUAUUGCAUGAACAGAGCUGACAGGUGUGGCUACCCUGUGGCCAGCACCUGUAACGAUGGAACCCUCCCCAUCCCAGAAUGCUUUGAGGAACCAGGCAAGGUGGAGUACACCCUGAGUGCCAAAAACCUUCCAUCAGAAAUCGCGAUGUGUGCUGCUUCGCCCCCUGCAAGCCCCACAAGCUCUUCAAUAUCUGCUUAA